AUGAUAACAAGGUUUUCUGUGUUAGGGGAGAUAACCGCUAUAAAGAUACCUUAUAUCAUUUCAACGUGUCACGUAGCUAUACUUACGGGAAGUGAUGAAACUGAUAUAAAAGUGAAUUUUGAACAAAGUGAAGUUGAAUGUUUGAAAAAAUCUAUAUGUGUAAAGGUAGCUAGUGACUCUACAUGCCAACUUUAUCCAGUCUUUCCAGCUUUAACACCAUUUCCAUGUCGAAAACAUGAAACUGUCACCUUACCAAGUAACCAGACAUCUUUCAAACUAGAACUGUGUGAAUGUAGUAAUAAUAACUCUGUAGAUGCAGAUCUUGGGAAACUUGUGAUGCAGGAUCUACCCAAAUCAGCUGUAGUAUCAAUAGUAUUCCAUCUCAGAAGGGACGGAUCAUUACAUGUUACAUGUAAAGAAGCAAGUUCAGAAAAGACAGUCUCAAUAACAGUAGAAGUUCAAAGUUGACAAGCCGCUGAUGAUUAAAACAUUACAAUUAUAUAUUAUAAGUUAUUGGUUUGAUGGAGAUCCAUCUGAUUGACAGUUGUAUGAGGAUUGCAGUAUUACGUUUGUUAAUGAUAUUCUUCUUUUUAUACAAAGUUUUAUUUCCCCAAAGUUAUUCUAAUGGAUUAUACUAGUGAUACACUCAUGUUUAGUACUUUUAUACGAUACUGACUUAUAAAGAUAAGAGCUAUAGAAAAGAUAACUGAAAGAAAUAUAAAGAAAGACCAAAAUCAUGUUUUUAUUGUUUUGAUUAUACCCAGUACCAGGACCAAUAAAUUCUUAUUUUACUGCAACAUUUUAAUUACACAGUUACUGGUUCAGUAUCAUGUUCACCAAUAUUAUAUCUCUGUAUUAAAGAAGUGGAUAUACUG